GCGCCACAAGCUCGCAGAGAGGGAGGAGAAAGCAGCGAGUUCCGGAGCCCUCCCUAGCCCGGCCCAACCUUUGCUCCAGAGAUCAUGGCUGCCGAGGAUGUGGCGGCGGCCGGCGCUGAGCCGAGCGAGCUGGAGGGUGGCGGGCUGCUGCACGAGAUUUUCACGUCGCCGCUCAACCUGCUGCUGCUCGGCCUCUGCGUCUUCCUGCUGUACAAGAUCGUGCGCGGGGACCAGCCGGCGACCAGCGGCGACAGCGACGACGACGAGCCGCCCCCGCUGCCCCGCCUUAAGCGGCGCGACUUCACCCCUGCCGAGCUGCGGCGCUUCGACGGCGUCCAGGACCCGCGCAUACUCAUGGCCAUCAACGGCAAGGUGUUCGACGUGACCAAAGGCCGCAAGUUCUACGGGCCCGAGGGACCGUAUGGGGUCUUCGCCGGAAGAGACGCGUCCCGGGGCCUUGCUACCUUCUGCCUGGAUAAGGAAGCACUGAAGGACGAUUAUGACGACCUUUCUGACCUCACUCCCGCCCAGCAGGAGACCCUGAGUGACUGGGACUCUCAGUUCACUUUCAAGUAUCAUCACGUGGGCAAGCUGCUGAAGGAGGGUGAGGAGCCCACCGUGUACUCCGAUGAGGAAGAACCAAAAGAUGAGAGCACUCGGAAGAACGACUAGCGCAUCCAGCGGAAGCAUAUCUAUUUUUGUAUUUUGCAGAAUCAUUUGUAACAUUCCAGUCUGUCUUUAAAACGUGGUGAUUUCAACUAUUUAGGAAAGUUUCGAACUUGCCGCAAGUUUUUGUAAUUAACAUCACUGGUGGCACUGAUCCAGUUAACCCCUGUCUCCCGAGUGCACGAGGCUCUGUGUGUCGCCAGUCCAGACCGUGAACAGCAGCGCAGUCAUGCAGAUGUCAUUACCGUUCCCUUCUCCCCGUAGUUAGUACAGGCCCCCUGUAAAGUGGCUUUUCCUGAAAGAGACAGGCAAGACUCUGGUAUCCCCUCCCCGCCCGAGCAGGUAAAGAUGUCACAUGUGCAGAAUCCUUCCAGCAGCCGGGAGCAGAGGAUCAACUUGGUCCUGGUGUUCUCAGGAUAGCAAAUCCCUCCUUUCUCAAUUGACUUAGCUGCACGAUUUCUGUUUUAUCUACCUCUACAGCAAAUCUGCAGUAUUCCAAAGCCUCUGGUAUCAAUUCAAGAGAGCUGUCCAUUAACAGAGAAAAAACACAAACAAUUGAAAUCUCAAAGCUGGGCUCAGUUGGGAAAAAUCUAUUCACUGUGUUUCGAGACCGCGUCACGCGUUUCUGUCCUCUGGAUGCUCAGGGCUGCCCCCCGCUAACACUCAGUGUUCAGUGAGGCUUCAAGUAGGAUCUGAGCAUUCAAAGGAAAGCUUUGGAAGAAUUCAGCCGGCUUGCCUGAAAACCUAGAUCGGUGAAAAUGUAGGGCCCGUCCUGCCUAUCCCCAUGUUCACGGUGGGAUGAUGGUCAUCAGACCCAAGUUUGCUGCGAGAGAGGGGGCAUGCCGGGCACCAACAGGUGUUUGCCCCCCCGAGACACACACCUCUGAGAGACGAAGAAAGUCUACAUCACCACAGCCAAGCGGCUUUCAAAAUCUAUUCGUUAAGGUCACCGUCAUUCUUCUGUCCCGACAAAACUAGCCGCUGCGAGAGUAGGCGGGCAAGUGUCUAGGUCUUCGAUAUUGGUCUCUCGGUUAACCGUGAACUUAGCUUAAGUAGACUGUACAGUUGUAUGAAUUCGUAAAAGUAUUAUAUGAACAACUAGUGAGGUUUCGACCCCUUGUAAGUGUAGUUGAAUAGUACUUGUAUUUUCUCGUGAACCGUGUUUAAUGGUUUUACCUCAAAUCAAAAAACAAAAAUGAAGUGCUUUGGUCAGUUCGUAAAAUGGUUUUACCCAGUUAAUAAAAUGGUUUUACCCAGUA